UAUUUUUAUCAGAUUGUUAAAUUGUUUAUCUUACCAAAUGUUAUAAUAAUGAGGAAAUAAUUUAUUUUUUAGUAUUUCUGUACAUUUUUGUAAAUAUGAAAAGAGUAUUAGAAACAAAAGUUGAAGAUAACUUUAUGAUACGAUUUAAAUAUUAUAAGUCAAAUAAACCAAAGCCAUCUCUUGAAGAGGUUAUAAAAAUACAAAAUGAUACUAUUGAGGUUAACAAUAUUUCCAAUAUUAUUGAAAAUGAUCCAAGAACUAAGUUAUUAGGCUUAAAAGAUUUUACAAAUUGGAAGACUUAUACAUUUAAGAAACACCCAGGUUUAUUUUUGAUUCUUAAUCCAUUUACAAGUUUAGGACAAAGAUUUUGGAUCAGAAAAUGUUUGGAGGAAUAUCCCAAGAAGCCUAAUAAAACAAAUAUUGAUAUAGAAAGAAAUAUUGAAGACUGGUGGAGUGAAUUAUGCAAAGGUGAACAAUGGGACAGAAAACUGCAGAAAAAAUUGAGAUGGACAACAUUAGGGUAUCAUCACAAUUGGGACACAAAAGUGUACAGUGAAGAAAAUAGAGAUGUAUUUCCUCUGGAAUUAGCAGAAUUAUGUGACGUUGUAGCACAAUACUUAGGCUACGUAAAUUUUAAUGCAGAAGCUGCUAUUGUUAAUUACUAUCACAUGGGUUCCACACUUUCGGCUCAUACUGACCAUUCAGAAGUGAAUUUAGAAGCACCAUUGUUUUCAUUCAGUUUCGGUCAGUCUGCAAUUUUCCUGAUUGGUGGUCACGAAAAGUCCUAUGAACCAUCUGCAAUACUUCUAAACAGCGGUGAUAUUCUCGUUAUGUCAAAAGAAGCUAGGCUUUGUUAUCACGCAGUGCCUAAAAUAUUACCAGCAUUAAAUCAGCCUUGGAAUAACCAUGAGGAAUCGAAAAUAAUUACUUGUGAUGAUGUUAAAACUAAAUACAUAAAUAUAAAAAAAAUAGUGACAGAAAUGAAUAGAAAUGUGGAUAAUGAAUGGACCUGUUUUGGUAGUUAUGUUCAAGAAUCGAGAAUAAAUGUAAAUGUUAGACAGGUGUUAAUGGAGAAUCGGAAGACCUUAGAUGAUUAAAAAUUAUUUUGUAAUAUAUACAAUUAUUUAUACUAACUUUUUUAUUUAAAGUUAAUUAAGAAAUAAAAUACUUCUUCCAUGAAUGAGGUAAUGACUGAAAAAGUAUAUAAUGUAUUAUACUAAUUGCAAUAAAUUAUUUAAUCUUGAA